UUCCCUCUUCUCCAAACACUCUCCCAACUCACUCACUCACACACAAAGAGAUAUACAAACUUAGUUCUAUACCCCCCCUAAAAAACCAAGAACACCAAAUAACAAAUGGCCACUCUCACCACCACCCUCUCAAAACCCUUCUCCUCCAAAACCAACCUCCCUAAACUCCACCUAAAGCCGAAAAAUUUCACCAUUAUAUCAUGCCAAAAUUCCCAAGAAAAAGAUCAAGAAUCAUCAACUUCAAUCAAAACAUUCUCCACCGCUAUUGCCUUGUCCUCCAUCCUCCUCUCCUCCGUCGUCUCCUCCCCUCCCCCGGCCUUGGCCGACAUUGCCGGCCUUACACCAUGUAAAGAAUCCAAAGCUUUCGCCAAAAGAGAGAAGCAAUCAAUCAAGAAACUUCAAUCCUCAUUGAAGCUUUACACCGAGGACUCUGCCCCGGCUUUGGCGAUAAAGGCCACUAUUGAAAAGACGAAGAGAAGGUUCGAUAAUUACGGCAAGUUUGGCCUUCUUUGUGGCUCUGAUGGCCUACCUCACCUCAUUGUGAGUGGUGAUCAAAGGCACUGGGGUGAGUUCAUCACUCCGGGGCUUAUCUUCUUGUACAUUGCCGGGUGGAUUGGCUGGGUUGGCAGAAGCUAUUUGAUUGCUAUUCGCAAGGAGGCAAAGCCGACGAUGAAGGAGAUCAUUAUCGAUGUUCCUCUCGCAUCAAGCUUGAUCUUCCGUGGCUUCAUUUGGCCGGUCGCCGCCUAUAGAGAGCUCGUCAACGGCGAUCUUAUUGUGAAGGAUGUCUAAAGGUUUGCUCUUGUCUAUUAAAAGAAUUGGAAGUAGGAGGAGCUUUCACAGGCCUCAUCAGGAGAAGCAAAAUUGAAAAGUUCUUUUUUGAUGAAGCUUCAAAGUCAUGCAUGUAUUUCAAGUUUGUUUGCUGUAUUUGUAUGUUUUUUUAAUAUCAUGAGUAUGUUCUUGUAUUUUGUGAAGCCACUAAUUAUACUCUUCUUCUUAUGUAGUUAUCAUUCAAACAUUCUGCAAUUUCUUUCUCUUGAUGUAUAUCUACUUUGUAAUC